AUGGAUAUGUUAGGCCCUUACACCACGACAACAGGUGGUGUACGCUAUGUUAUAGUAGCUGUUGAUUAUUUCACCAAAUGGGUAGAAGCCGAAGCUUUAAAGAACAUUAAGGCACAAGAUUUCAAAACACCAAAGUUGGAAGAGAGGUUGGCCGACCACGGUAUCACGGCCUAUUUUGCGUCUGUUGGCCGCCCACAAGUCAACGGGAAAGUUGAGGCAUUCAACAAGAUUAUCUCCGAAGGAAUGAAAAAGAAUCUAGACAAAGAUAAAGGUUUAUGGGCAGACGAGUUACCCAAUGUCUUAUGGUCCAUACGGACCAUGGCAAAAAAUUCAACGGGUGAAACACCUUUCUUACUAGCAUAUGGAGCCGAAGCUGUCUUGCCAAUAGAGAUGUGCGAAUCCACCACAUGCUAUUUGAUGAAGAUGCCAACUGGGAAAUGA